AUGGAUUCUUUUGAAAACAUCAGUGUAUCACACGAACAAUUGGAGGACUUUGCAGAAUAUUAUUUUGGGUUGUCAAUCAGCAAAUUAGUCGCUCUUCUGCUUGCUAUUAUACUGUUUAGUUAUGUGUUAGCCAACUUGCUUGUGGAGAAGUGUAGGGAAAAUGGUUUCUUGGGUAGCGUGUACGAGCAAAAGUUACUCUUUGUGCCUGAUGCUGGUUCAAAACCUGAAGAGGAACACGAAGUAACAGAAAUUGGGCUACUACUCUCACUCCAUGAAGGACCAAGGACACAACUCGAUGAAGCUGAAACACUGGACUAUUUAAAAGACAUCAACACAGAGUCGAAAAUUACUCAGGUCGAAAUCCACCAAAGCAGCAUGAAGAAAGCGACAGAUGUGAUCAAGGCAUUUCACGUUUUCCUCAUCUUCAAAACGACAAGUGAAGCAGACGAGGGAGACUUUUGGUGGUCAUUAGAGAAGAACCUGGACUACAUCGUCUUGCAAAGAUCCCGCAACAAAGACGACGUCAAAAACAAGUUGUACGGCGAAGAGCGAAAACCAGGCGAACAAAUUAUUGAAAAUUUGGUCGGAAAAGGUUCAAUCAAGGAUCUGUUUGGAAUGCUUUUGACACAUCAAGUCAUUGAAGAACACUACAACAUCGAAGAUUCCAACUGCGAGUCCUUGGUCUAUUUCGUCAGCAAACGCAUUACUGAAAUAGGAUACGAAUACGAGCGUUGGAAUCGCGCCUACUCUCCUCUUAAAUGUGAACGCAACUCUAACGUACUUCACUUGCAAGUGAUCAAUUUAUUAACGGGUGUAACUGACUGGCCCACUUUAUUCAUUCUCGUUUAUUUAAAAAAUACCAAUGUCAUUGAUAAAGUGAUGAAGAGUGGCAACUAUGACAUCAACGCCCUCCACGGGGGAAUCACUCCGCUCCAGUUUGCCAUUAUGUAUUCAAAAACCAACAUGGUGAAACAUCUUCUAAAAGAUCCAAUCAAUGCCGACCCGACAACUCGCGACAGUCAAUCGGGGGGGAAUGCACUUCACGCGGCAGUAACGUACACAUUGGAAACAGAGAUCAUUGAUUUACUCCUGGCUCAUCCCAAAGUCAACGUUGACGACGUAGACGGAGAUGGAGAAUCGGCUCUCCAUCGGGCCGCUUAUCGAUCCCACACCAUCGCUGUUGGAAAAUUAUUAGAAAAAGGUGCCAAUCCCAACAUUUUCAACAAAAAAGGUUGGUCUCCUCUUCAUGUAGCAGCUUUGCACGGAAGCGAAACAGAGAUCAUCGAUUUAAUCCUUCAAGCUCAAAAACAAAACCACGUUGACGAUGACAAAGCUCAAAAUGGAGCAACUGCUCUUCAUUGCGCCGCCGCCUCAUCCAAUGAAAUCAUUGCCCAACAUUUGAUCAACAAGGGCGCAUACCUCCAUUCUCGAGACAAGAAUGGAGAUCCUCCACUUCACUAUGCUGUAGUCGGUGCAAAGAAUAUGAAAAACAUAGACUUACUAUUACGAAACAUAAAAGAUGAAGACAUGUUGUACGAGUACAGAAACGAUGACAAACUUUUGUAUCGUGCCUACCAAAACCAGCACUUACUAGGAGCGGAAAUUGCUGCUCGGUUAAAGGCAAUCGACAGGAUACAAAAACCUCAAAGUUGGGCUGACAAAAUACUUGAGGUACUCCGCCGUGUCAUCGAGAUUCCCGCCAAUCUUUUACGUAAAACCAUCAAGAAAGUCGAAACAUUUUUCUUUUCUUUUACACUACUGGUUCGCCUCCGAAUAGCCAACGCCAAGAAUUCACAGGAAAUUGAUGAAAUCCUGAAACAAGAAGAAAUCGGAACCAACAACCGCGAUGAAAAUGGGGAAACUCCACUUUUUUGCGCAAUAAGAGCCAACAACGUGAAUGCUGUUAGAUGUUUGCUGGAAAAAGGAGCCGAUACCACCAGACGCAACAACAAUGGCCUCACUCCGUUUCAAGUGGCUACGAUACAACCUGAGGAUAAUGUCGAUAUUCUCGACUUACUUCUGGCAAACGACAAAGUCGACAUCAAUGACGGUGGCAAAUCUGGAUACACUCUUCUUCAUUUGGCAAUGGCAACAUCCGACGUGACUACCGUUCGCUUCCUGUUAUCAAAAGGAGCUAAUCCAAAUGUUGCUGACCAAAAUGGAACCACUCCAAUCCAUGUGGCGGCCUAUUGUGCAGACACAACUGACGUUCUCGGCCUGAUCCUGGAAAAAAAAGAAGUCGUCAUCAAUCGUCUCGACAAUGAUGGCCAAACUGCUCUUCAUUAUGCAGUAAGAGGCAAGAGAGAGAAUAAUGUUGGCUACUUGCUGGAAAACGGAGCCGACCGCACCAUAUGCGACAAAAAAGGCAACACUCCGUUUCAAGUGGCAGCAGCGGCAGUCAGUCAAGACUCGGCUAUUCUCGACUUACUUCUGGCAAACGAAAAAAAAUCUGAGAUUGACGAAAGGAACAACGCAGAAGACUUGGACAUUAUCGAGCUACCCCCGAGUCAGGAAAAUGUCGUCAAUGUCAACUCCUUGGACAACAGCGGAGCACAUCAUCAACAUAUCCAGUCUGAGCAAAGUGAAGAAAUUUCUAAUCCUUUGAAAAACGCCACGGAGGUUAUUGGCAACCCUUGCGGGUGUGGUGCCCUACGAGUCCAAGGUGAAAUUCCCCAGGAAGCGUCGAGCAGCGCUGGACGGUCAGGAUUCACCACGGAUUAA